CAGAUGCACUCCGACACCGUCCAGCGGAAUCUCAGAGAUGAGGAGGAGUUCUCACAGCGGGUUUGGAUUAUGAAACCCUGAUGAAUUACCCCGGGGAACCGCACAACUCCAGAGCGACGCCGAUGCGCAGGAAAGCGUCCGUAUAAUGACAUAUCUAAGCGCGUGAACACUCGGACCAACGUGCUAUUCCAGGUAGACUCAUAAACUGCUGCAGAAUAACAUUCAAUCAGCAUUUGAUAUCAAAGAUAUUACGGAUCAGCCUAAAAAAUGCGUCCAGGAGUGUUGGGAAUUAUUUGCUUUUGCCCAAAGUAUGGCUGUAACAUUUAGGUGCAUUUACAAUACCGACCUGAAAGAGCUUUAAAGCUGAACAUCUGAAGGUGGACCUGGUCCAAAAUGAUGAUGCAAAUGCUUUAACACCUAUUUGACAUGCUACUUUGAAGUUCAUUGAAGACCCAGAACAGGUGUUGGAUUACAAACGCAACAGGAACCUAAUAAUUAUAUGGCUUCAGACACGUUUACAGCUCUUUUUACCUGUGGAAUACAUUUUUGAUGAACUAAAGAAGAGUAUUUGAAUUAAACAAAGUAAUUUAAGUGAAGACUGAUGCUGGGACAACAAGUUAGUGGAACACCAUGGCUUCCAUCCAUUCAUUCAGCCUAAACUAAAGAAACAAAUUUAGCCUGCAGUGUGAUUAGAUUUUAUUAAUUACAACUGAGUACUGAUAUUUUUCCAUAAUUUUUUUUUCUUUUUUUUUUGUAGGGUUUGUUACAAACUCCUGACCCAAAGUAUUGCAUUUCUGCAAUUUCAACCUUAAAUUAAGGAUAAAAGUUCAGAAAUAUCCCCUUGAAUGUUUAGCAUUUAAAAAUGUAGAUGUAUUUGCAUACUGUAUUGUGACUGAUCUUCUUUCUUGCAUCUUAUCACGCAUCUAUAAUCAGACGGUUUGUCUGAAUUUACACUUGGAACUUUAAAACUAUUCUUAGGUUGCCUUGCAAGCAGGGACUGAUAAAUAAAACCUCUGGAAAACUCACAAAGAAUAACUGAAUUGAACAAAGUCAUUUAGAUGAAGACACCUGACUGAGUCUGGCACCAUAAUAAUAACCAUGGCUUUUAUGCAAUCAUUUCUCCUCGUCACUGGACUUCAUUUCCCUUUUGACUGAGGUAUGAAUGCUGUGCGGUCACGGGAUGCUGAAGAGCCGCUGUUGUGUCCUCCUCAGUGACCUCAAGCUGUUUCUGCUCAGGCCACCGGCUUCUACAGGCCCCAUGAGCGGACAAACGAACAGAAUCCCUCCUUUUGCGGCCUCAGAUAAUAGCAACACCCUACGGGCCCACCGGCUCCGACACUGGAGUACCCCAUCCACAGAGGACACUGUUGGGCUAGAGGUUGUGACGGAUGGGUCGGGAUGGAUGGGCACCGCAGCGGACCUCUAUCCAACGGCUGAUGAGUUCUCAACGGACAGAAGGGAUGAGAGGUUUUCAUUCAUCAGUUAUGCUGAAGGGACUCCCGUGUGCAGGAUAUGCUUCCAAGGGCCGGAACAGGGUGAGUUGUUGAGUCCGUGUCGCUGCAGUGGGUCGGUUCGCAGCACUCAUCAGCCGUGUCUCAUUAAGUGGAUCAGUGAGAGAGGCUCGUGGACGUGUGAACUCUGUUACUAUAAGUAUCAGGUCAUCGCCAUCAGCACCAAGAACCCGCUGCAGUGGCAAGCUAUCUCCCUUACGGUUAUAGAGAAGGUUCAGAUUGCAGCGGCAAUCUUGGGAUCCCUGUUUCUUAUCGCCAGUAUCUCGUGGCUGGUCUGGUCUUCUCUCAGCCCUUCAGCCAAGUGGCAACGACAAGACCUGCUCUUCCAGAUCUGCUACGGGAUGUACGGCUUCAUGGAUGUGGUCUGCAUCGCUCUAAUAGCCCACGAGGGGCCUGCAGUGUUCCACAUAUUUCAUCGAUGGCAGGCCGUCAAUCAACAGUGGAAAGUUUUAAAUUACGACAAGAAGAGAGAUAGUGAGGAGCUGAAGAACAGUGAGGAAUUGACUCGAUCGCUCAUUCACCAGAGAGAGCAAACUGGAGAGGACAUUUCGCCCUCAUCGCUAUUGGCUGCUGCCGGUACGACAGCCCUUGAUGCAGCCGUUACAACGGCAGCUACAAACUCCAACGUGGCCGGACUAGAUUCUACAGGUACAUACCAGAGCAACAGGGCAGCUCCCCCCGAGCAACACUGUCCGUAUAACUUCCUUCAUUUAUUGAGUCAGCUGCGGCCUCACGAGCCAUGGAGCCCCGUCAGUACAGGCAGCACUAACACUAACAAACCUAGAGAACUGGUUAUGAGAGUCACCACUGUGUGAGGAUGUGUCGACGAGAGGCCUUAUCAUGGUAGACUCCAAAUGUUUUUCAGCACAAAGAGACAAGCACUGUUUUAUCAAUCUCUCUGCACAUUUAAAGCCCUCUGAUUAUUUGUGACUGGUGGUCAAUUGAUAUGGGGUUUUUAAUGGCCAAUGCUGAUGCCGAUAUCUAGAGAGCAUGGUGGAAUGAGCGAAUGAGAUUGCAAAAUUGCUAAAAUGAAAGAAAUAGUUCUGCCGAAAAUGGAAAUUGUUAUUAUUUACUCAACUUCAUUUCAUACCAAACCCGUAACUUUACGUUACUGUGGCAGUAACAAACUUCAGUACUCAAGGGGGCGACAGAGUUACUUCAAAAGUCUGUGCAGUGUGUUAUUAUUCUGGUAAGUUGCUUUAAGUAUAUUGACUAACUUAUUUGCUCAUCAGUUCUAUUCCACUGUUGAUCCGCCAUGACAGUAGUUGACUUGAAAGAGAAAACUCACCGUAGAAGCGGACAGUUCACACUAAUCUCACUAAAGUGACCCCCUGUGGCAACGUCGAUAAUGACAUGUGCACUUGCGUUGUGUUAUGAAUUAAGGUUUGAUAUUUUCAAGUAGGUAUAACUGCAGGCCGGAGACCUCCAAAUGGGGGCGGAAUAUCCAAAAGAUGGUGGAGUUACUCCAGUAGGGGGCGUGGUUACUCUAGAAAUGGGUUGCGCCAACUCCAAAAGGUGCGUUCCUUCCACUCAUGGUUAAGGUUAGAGAAAGGGUAAGGUAAGGAGCUCCCUAUAUCUUUAAUGGCAGUUUGGAGCUCCUGCUUCUUUUUGGAGCUAUGCCUGCAGCUAUAUCCUUCUUGAUAUUUUGGAGCGCAACAACGCACAAAAUCAAGCUUGCGUCUGCGUUCAUAUACUUGCUUCGUUUCAUAUGUUCGCCCUUUUUUCCCUAGUGGAAGGCAAAAAGAAUAAGCACAUGAGUCGUAUGAACUACUUCAACUAUGUUUUUUGGUCCUUUUUGGGGCUUGAUACAUUUACAUUUGGUAAAGUCGUGCAAUAAAAAUUCUUAAAAAUGUACCCUUUUGUGUUCCACUAAAAAAAAUUCUUAUAAAAUAAUGUUUGGAACAACAUGAGGGUGAGUAAACAAUGAAAUUUAAGGUGAACUAUGCCUUCAAAUGAACACUUACUGACUCGAAACACACCGGGCCUCAUUCAUGAACAUUUAGUGAAUAUAUUAGUAAAUUGGGAGGAAUUUGCAUGUAAAAUAAAUCUUACCGAAAAGUUUCCCUCGGAUUCACAAAUGCUGUGUAUACCCCAGAUUUGUUUGUUAAACGUAUGUUAGUAAAUAUCUGAAUUUCAGUCGUAAACAGUGCAUGCAUGCACGCACAAUCACAACUGUCAUAAUCCAUGCCUAUUAAAAUGCCAUAUAAAGAUAGCAUGAGACUCUCUAGUAAAUGCGAAUAGGACGCUUUUAACAUCUACACUGACAGUCCUGGGAAGUAACUGAUUACAUGUAAUCUGGAUUACGUAAUCAGAUUGCAAAACUCAGGUACUUGUAAUUAUAUUAAAUUACAUUUUAAAAUACUUGUAAUCAGAUUACAGUUACUUUUAUGAUUACAUGAUUUCAUAUUAAUCAGGCAGUACAUUUUUCAUAAUUAAUUGAUCCCUCUCAUUCUUAGUCUUAUUAAAUACUAAAAUGUUUCAUUCUGAAUCAGCCUACAGCUGAUAUACGUUCGAUAAGUCUUUUUUUUUUUUCAAAGGAGGGGGGCGGGUGGUCGGGGGUGGAAUUAUGCUAAAAGUGGGACAAGCUUAUGCUACUCAAAUGCAUGUGAUAUCAAAUAAACAAUAAUUAGGUCAGAAGUAAUCCAGAAUAAUCUAAAAGCAAUCGGAUUAGAUUACUUUAAAAUGUAAUUCCAGAGUUUACAUUACUGAUUGCAUUUUUAGUCAUGUAAUUUGUAAUCAGAACCAGAUUACAAUUCAGAAGUAAUCUACCCAGCACUGUAUGCUGAACAGUAAUGACCUUUCAUAACCUUUAGUUUUAAAAAGUGUGGAAUUUACGGUCAUUGCAUGUUCUUUUGUGAAUUGAAUAGUCCAAGAUGUCAACAAAAAUAGGUUGACAUGAAGCUUGAGUGCAAGAAAUGUACCAGUUAAACGCAGGCAAAAAACAUUUGGAUUACUUAAACACACGAUUUACAUGUGGUCAGGAAUAGAUGUACAUUUUGUUCCUACUAGCGAAGGGCAUUAACAAGCUAUUUUGAAGUCAAGUACUUUUAAACCACAAAAAAACACGACCAAUCGAUUAAAUAUCAGGUAUGACACGUACGUAAAACUUAUAUUUUGUUUUAUUCACAAAUGUUACCAAGAAUGGUUUCAAAAUAGGCUAACUUCAACAAACAAAAACAAUAUGCAUUAAUUCAAUUCUCAUUACAUUUCAUUACAAUUCUCAGUACAUUAAUGUCUCAGUUGGUCAUUCGAGACUUGCUGAGACAUUCAGAGGUGAAGUGUAGUAUGAUUUAGCUCAAAUUGCAAUUUUUGAGUAGUAUUUUUAUUAGUUGAUUAGUUUGUGCUAAACAAGUACUCGAUUAGUCGAUUACUUGUGCACAUCCUGUGAAGAACUGCAGAGGCAGGACCAAACGCAGAGUUAAAAAAUAAAAGGGAAUUUAUUUAAUACAACAAGGGCAAAAACACAAACAAAAAACUCCCACGAGGGGGAAAAAUAAACAUAAACUACCCCGAAGGGGAAAAACACAAAGUAAAUAAUCCAGGCAGGGGAAACAGGGAACAGGACCGACCAGACUGGGCUGGGCUGUGGAAACCAGGGAAGGAGGAAACAGACCGACAGACAGGACCGACAUGAGAUCCCCAAGACAAUAAGGCAAUAUAUACCCAUGCCAACCGACAAACAAAAUGAGAGAAUGCAUACUAAACGAAACCUAAGCGUACAUCAUGAGACAAACACCACACGAUGCACGAAACAGGCGACAAAAACAAGACAGGACACCUGUGCGAGAGUUCGGCCACACACAAACCUGAAAUCUCAGACCGAAGUGACCGAACCUCAGCACAACGUGAAGACAGCUCAAAACCUGGGCGCGCAGCGCAAUGCGAGUGCGACGCGACGCGCACCCGUGUUCGCGAGAAACAGACAAACUAUUGAUGCGAAUGCAUGCUACCAAGAUGACAUAAGCGCAAUGCACCUACGUCAUAAACAGACAGACAUGGAGCAUGAGUGUCCGGAUCCUGAUACAGACUGAAACGAACCAGACAGGAAGUCAGGAUCCAGACACCAUACUCCAGACAUGAAACAAGACAGACCAAAGAGUGCACGGCAGGGACGAUAAUGCCACAGUCCUGUCAGACAAAAACCCAGACUGACAGAGUGACAGGACAGUUCAGUACACCCCCCCUCCCCCUGGCAAUACACAAGACAGACAAAACAAGCA